CAUUUGUCAUAUCGGCAAACUUUGACAACGAAGCGGUUGUAUGAAACUGUCGACAUGAAGGAUACAUGGCAAAAGUUGUGCCUUAUUUAAGGAGAAAAAUAUAUGUGGGACCCGCGCCAUAAAAUAGGACUAUUAGUUUACCGCCGGUAACUGUCUCGCAAAUUAGUGUUUGUAAACCUAGACAUACUAAGGAAUUUGAGUUUGUAUUGGUUUAUAUGUCCUCAUUUUGUAAAAUACAUUUUGUUGGAGAUUCUGAUAUGGAAUUUAACAAAACAAUCGACCCUAUAUCCGACGUAGCGUUAAAAGUCUCUAACAUUAACGAACCUUUAAAAACAAAACAUUGAAAUUUUUGUAAAUAAUUAUCAGACUUACAUAAAACAUCCGCGUCGAACAAGUUAUACAUUUUAAAGAAACGUCAAUUAGUUAAGAUUGAAAUAGAACAAUUUAAUAGAGCAAAAAGUAGUAUUGACAAAGCAGAAUCAGUGAGAGACAAAAUGGCGAAAGCAUUCGGCCUGUUUCCAAUAUUUGUGUUUUUGUUGACUGAUCCAAUGAAAAUCAACCAAGCGAACGCUGUAAAUAUCGGCUCAGCAACCAACAUCUGUGAACAUUUUCUUACUAAUAAGAAUCUCAUUUCGCUUAUCACCGCAAAGAAGGAUGCAACAACCCCUUGCGCAUGCUCGGAGUUUGAUAUGGCGCUGGACACUAUGUUUGUAAAGGUCGGGCAAUGCUUUGAGGAAUGGCUGUUCAACGAUGGCAUGAAGCAGAGGUGCUGUUAUAGCCGAAAUGGGAAUUUACUGAAAGAGUUCCCUGAUGGUGGUUUUGUUCUUCUCGAUGGAAUGGAACAUUCAAUGGAUGCUGUCCACGAUGCUUGCUGUCAUGGUACCAACAAAUCUACAUGCAGGACGUUUUACGACAUAAACCCAUCUGAUAAUUGCAAGAGAUACGAGGAACCAAUAACAGCUCUGUCUUGGGGAGACCCGAUUAUAGAGACAGUCGGCAAUCCGGCAUACAACUACUCCUUCAAUGGUCAUGGGGAGUAUGUGUUCCUGAAAUCAACUAACGGACUCGAAAUUCAAGCACGAUUGGAUUACCUUGUUAGUGGGAAUAAUGACGCAACCAUAUUCACAGCGUUCGCAUUUACGAAUAAAAACGAGUCCAUUCAGGUCAAUUUUUUCCGAUCUAACAAAACAUGUUCUCUGUUCUUAAACAACGGAACCCUUUGGAAAACAACUAUCACCUGCACGCCUAGUAGCCCUCCUAUAAAGACCGAUGGAUUCCAGAUGAUGUGUUUGCGUCCGCCUUUUAAUGGAUUCCACAUUAUGCCAAACAUUACCCUGAAUAACAUAGCCAUUGACAUUUGGACGGACGGCGAGUUCAUGAAUAUAAAAGUAACCUCUAAUCCAGCACUAACAAACAUGACAGGUCUGGCUGGAAAUGUUCAAGAUGGACAUUUUGUCUCACAAAAUGGCUCUGAAUAUCCAGUGAAUGCCAGCGAGCAUGAUAUGUUUGACUACGGGGAGUCUUGGGCCAUAAGAAAGAACAUAACCCUUUCAGUUUUCAAUUACAACGUUACUGGCGGAAACUUUAGCUUGUACAACAUAUAUUCAAAACCAAGAUUCCUAGAAGAUCUUUUAAAUAACUUCACAGCCCUUUUUUCAAAUUGUACUUUAAUUAAGGGAAGUGCGAUCAAUGAAACAUGCACACAAUCUGAUGGCGCGUUCAACAAAGAGUGCCUGCUGACCAUAGCAAGAACCUGCAACAUUUCAAUCGGUCAAGCCAUUAAAAAUGAGACAAAUAAACAGCUUGCCGACUUCAUGAGAAAAUCAAAUAAGGCGCCUAUAUUUAAUGAGACAUUGGCGAACACAAAAUUUAUGCUAUUGAAUGGAAAAACCAUUUUGACUUUGAAUCUGACUGCGAUGGUGAAAGAUGAAGACCUACGAGGUUUACGAUUUGAAGUGGAACCAAUGUUAAAUGAAGAAAUGCACGAAGAAGGUGAACUAUUUAAUUGGACAGUUGGAGUAGGCUUUCGGAACAUCAGUGAGAAAAAGAUACAAUUCAUUGUCUAUGACAGAUACAACUUGACAGAUGAACUCAGUGUCAGUUUCCGCUUCUGUGGUUGUGAAGAUCCGAGCCAAUGUGUGUUCAAGGGUAAAGAUGAUGCGACUGCGAAAUGCACAUGUCCGAAUCGAUAUGUAACUGGAGAUUUUUGUGAAAUUGAGAAAAAUCCAUGCGAUGUAUACCACUGCUACAAAAAUCAGUGUAACACAAACUAUUCCGGAAAUGGAAGUCCAUGUCUCAACUGUACACAGGGAUAUUUUGAGGAAAUGAUAGGAACAAGACAGUAUUGCGUAGAUCUGAACGAAUGUAAUGAUACACGUACCCAUGACUGCCAACACCAGUGUGAUAAUAUCGACGGGUCAUACAACUGCUCCUGCUAUCCUGGAUACGAAUUGCAAAACGACAAAAAGACGUGUGAAGACAUAGACGAGUGUACAUUUGGAAAAAAACUCUGCACCAAAAGCAAAGAGACUUGUAGAAAUGUUCCUGGCAAUUUUACGUGUGUAUGCGAUACAGGGUACAACAAAGAAGCAGAGAACUCGCCAUGCGAGCCUAUAGUGGGCCAUAUGUAUUUUGGUUAUUUGGACUACGUCGUGGGGUCAGCAAUAACAGAGACCAAUGACACGCUUCAGAAACAGACAGUGGCUACGACACAGAAAUUCAACGACAAUUUAAAAGGGGCUGAAGGUUUCUUAGCUAUAGAAAUAUACAAAAUCUUCUUAGGAGGAAUACAUAUUCACCUCAACUUCAUUAUACAUAUGAACGAGACAUACGCGACAUUUGAUCAAGCUGUAGUUCAAAGUCUUAUCAAGACAAAACUGGGCUCUUCAAAUACAAAUAUUUCAACUACAUUAUUCCUUUCUGGGUCGUCUGUCGACGUGCGAAUAUACAAACCUGAAGACGGAGGACUAUGUGGUGUCGAACCAAAGCGCACGGAUUGUCACGAAACAACCACCUACUGCGUUAACAAGAACAUCUCCGAUGAUUACUAUGACUGCUCGUGUCGUUUUGGGUACACCAAACCAAUCACUACAAGGAAGCGCGAACUAUAUUGCGAUGAUGUAGACGAGUGUAAGGCAUAUGCGGGUAACGGAACCAGCAACGACCGAUGUGUUCAAGGACAAUGUGUCAAUACUAUUGGGUCUUGGAACUGUACAUGCACGGCAGAUAGACUCUGGAUGUCGGUUGGCUCUCUGGGAUACCCUAUAUAUCGGUGCCAAGGUAACCACAGUUAUUUGGGGAACAUUUCCUUUAUUUGGGACGCACAACCUCAACAUGGGAAGAUCAACCAAUCCGUCAUUAAGUCAUUUUUGACUUUACAGAUCUCAGAAGUGUUUACUAAUGAGUCGUUGAAGAAGGAGAGUAUGACAGCAGUGCCCUCCGUGUUUGUUUCGGUGACUAUUUUGGAAAACACUUCAUAUUACGAAAUACCAUUUCUCAGUAGGUAUCUGUUGACAUACGAGUUUCGUAUUCGUUUGGGUGACCCGAUGGACACUGCCAUUCUCCAACAAAUUGGUAGUGAAUUUUUCAAGAAUGGUGUAACAAUUGGAGCAGCCGUUUUCCAUAACAUUACUUUUUUCAAUGAGUCAAAUAACGAACUGUGCAGGCGGAGUAAAGAAGGUAACUGCGACCUCCGGACAACUGAAUGUAAACAGGAAAAUGGAACAACAUCGUGUAUGUGUAAAAAAGGGUUCCAGCCACGUACAUACACCGAAUAUUCCUGCGAAGACGUCGAUGAGUGCACGUUGAACGAAUACACUUGCUCUGGCGGAGGCAAGUGCAACAACACGGAAGGCAGCUGGACAUGUCAGUGUCCGUCAAAUACGGAACUCCUUAAUGUGAACAAUAACCAUAGAGAAUGUUCAGAAGAGGCUUAUUACAAUUGUUCAUCUGAGGCCUACACGAAAUUCAAUUGUCCCAACGGAAACAAGACAUGCAACAACUCAGUUUGGUCUUGCGAUUGUGCACAUGGUUAUCGAUUGGAAGGUUCAAACCAUUCAUCCACGUGCAUGGAUAUAAAUGAAUGUUAUCAAGGAAACCCCUGUGGAAAUGGAAACUGCAGCAACAGCGACGGGGGCUAUAAAUGCAAAUGUGAAAAGGGAUUUCAAUUAAAUGAAACCGAAACGUCGUGUAUAGACAUAGACGAAUGCCAUUCAGAAAAGUACACAUGCGAAAAUGGCGACUGUACAAAUUUCAACGGAAGUUACAAAUGUAAUUGUAAAACCGGAUUUAGAGAGGUGUACAGAAUUGACGUUACAACAAUUUGUGUUGAUAUUGACGAAUGUACAAACAAGUCGUACUCGUGCGGCACACAUGGAGCUUGUACAAACAUUGAGGGAUCGUUUAUAUGCGACUGCCCCGAUGGAUAUAAAAGUUAUAAGAUUAAUAACAUGAGUUACACGUGUGCAGAUAUUGACGAAUGCAAUCCAUCUGAAGAUUAUCAAUGUAUCAACGGUUCCUGUAAAAACACUGAUGCACGCUGGGAUUGCGUGUGUGACGUGUCUAGACGCGCACAUGUCGUGAACGAGAGUUAUAUUGAAUGCCGAGACGUUUUCCUGUAUCCAGUACAAUUCGUAGUACGGAUUCUCUAUGACCCAUACAAAUCUGCUAAAUCUGAGGAGUACAUUCAAAACAGCCUUAUUAAAAUGCUUUCAGAUAUUGUGAAUGGUUCCAUGAAUGGCAGUGUAUUAUUCCCUGUAGAAAUAUUACCAGAAAGGAACCACUAUUUAGACCAUAGUAUGAAUAAUAUUUCGGUUACCGUCAACGUUAUAACUAUCAAACGUUAUGACGCAGCAUUAUUAAAAUAUAACUUCGAAGCCAGUCUCAAUAAGACUGCUGUUUUUACAACGCCCUCGGGGAUUUCAGGAGUUGUGUCAUUAAAGAAAGAAGAAACACCCGUUGAUCUGUGCACACUGGAGCCUUUCAAGAAUAAGUGCGAUCUGAACUCUGCGAAAUGUAAACAAAACAACGACAGGAUUGAAUGCGAGUGUCGAGGAGGGUUUGAAAAUCGCACUGAUGAUGAUGGUGUUGGGAAGUGCAAUCAAAUAAAAGAAUCGAAAGGUGAUUACCCGUACUUAGCCUCGGUCGAAAUUAGAGUAGUUGAAACCGUCAACAUCCAUGGACUUUCGUUCCAGAAAGAAUUGCAAUAUCAGUUCACGACGAUAUAUUCACAAAUGAACCACACGAAUACCGUCUGGGUAGAAAUAUUGAGAUUGAUUAAUGUAAGCGCACACACCAAUCGGAUACGAAGACAGCUGAAUACGCCCAGAUAUUUAGUUUCCGUUGAGCAUCUUCUUCACAUAGAUACACCACAAAAUACAACUGAAAUAUCUGCCUUCUGGAAAGAGACCGUAGGACGAUUAAACGCAUCGGAAAACAAUACAUUUGUUGUCGAAGAACAGAUGAAUAUUUCGGAUAGCAGAGAGGGUUGUAACAAGACUGGGAUGUGUAAUGCGAAUUCCACAACAUGCAAUGACUCAUUGGGAAAACCAUUAUGCGAAUGCAAGCCUGGAUAUGUCAAUAACACGUACAUCAACGAUACCAAAGUCUUAAAUCCAUAUUACACAUGUUAUAUAGCAGAAACGUCAGAACAAACGUCACCUCUUAGUUCCAUUACCAUAGCUGGAACAUCUGGUCAAGAGGUCACUACGAAGUCAAAUCAACAGACCAAUACAACAGGUGCAGAUCAUGAUAAUCCGACAAAAAAUAAUCAGGCCACUGAAGGCCAAACUCCCUCAUUAGAGGCUGGGGCGACAACUUCAACAACAUCAACAACAAAAGCUGACGUCGAUGUUGAAACUGAAGAAAAGUCUAACGCAUCUAACAACACAGCUCUUAUUGCAACGGGCGCAAGUCUUGGAAGCGUCGUCCUCAUCUUGGCGAUCGCCGUCAUUGUUGCUUGCAGGUUACGCAACAAGAAGGCACAAGAUACAGAAAGGAUAAAACUGAGGGAGCUAGAGAAGGAGCGCAGGAACGGUUUCGAUAACUCACUGUUGGGCAGGAACUACCUUCACUCGGAUUCAAAGAAAAACUCUAUGAAUGAUUUAAGAAAAACAGAUCGUGAAACAGACCGUGACGAUAGGCGGAAUUCCUACUAUGGUGGCCCAUUCAAGCCAAUCGAACCAACAUACACCAGACCGUUCAAAUCGGCCGAACCCGAGCCGAUCUGGGACCGUAACGGCCAUGUGCCAGGUUUGAAAGGUCGCACUGGCUCCCUGCCUGAUAUAAACAAUCAUGUCGACAUGAGAUUGGCACCGGAGACUAGGCGAAUGUCGCAGCCGAGAAAUUCCGAUCCGCUUUACUCGUCUCCAAAAAAAGAUAAAGAUCCGCCACCAACGCAGAAACAAGUUGAUAAUUACAGGCAAAACAUGGUUCGAGUCUUUCCGGAAUCUGGCGAGCGAUUGCCGAGAGCAAAAGCCAAUCAAUUCCCGAGAAAAAACGUAAACGGACGGAUUUCUCCGGAACCUGAUUACUAUUACGACCCGCCACUGUCACCAAAGCCUGAUUAUAAUGGGAAAAGGUCACGUGACCGUGUGGAUGCAUCACGCGACAGUGGUUUGAACGGCAUUUCGCGCAGCAGCGGAAGUCCAGAAGUUCAGAGGUCACGUGAGAGCUUUGGUUAUGGAAGUUUAGGGCGUGGUCGAUACCGUAUGGAAGAUACACCCUUUUGAGCAUGUAUUAAUCACAGCACGUUAACCCACUUGACCAUGUUUAUUUGUUUGUAUUAUUAUCCGAUUAGGAUACACUUUUCUAUGGAAACAUACACUUUGCCAUCUAUAAAGGGACUCUAAUUUAUUAUCUUCUGCUUAUGCAACUGGAGUUUCUUUGUUUAUAUUUGAAAGCGUUCAAUGGACAAGUAUGCAAGCAAUCAAUACGCACAAUUUUAGAUAUUAUUACUACAUCACAGGAUGCUGAAAGUCCAAACAUAUUUAACGCUACAUCUAGUUUUAAACCCAAAAGCUACGCUGCUGGAGAGUCCUUAUUAGACAAUAUAGUUUUCUUCGUUGAAAUUUUUAUUUUUUGCUUUUUGCAAUUAUAUAAAACAUGUAUUUCUCAACCUUAUCAUUAGUAGUAUGCCCAUUUUGAACGGAUAAGGAGCUUCAUCAGAAAUAAUGUUUGCUGUUCAUAUACCUUUUCUAGGAUUACGUGAUAUGAAUGUAAUGAUUUACAAAAGGGACUGUUACAUACCGUCAGCCCAUUUAAUCAUAGUGGUCAUCGAAAGAGGUAUCAAUAUAACAUAACAUUAAGCGUGAGUAACUGGAAAGUUUGUGCAGUUUACUGAGCAAAAAACUCUAAACUAAUACAAUGAAUUAUAAAUGAUACACGUCGAUAAAUCCGCACUCAACCAUUUUUUAAUUGAAUUAAUAUAUACGUACUUAUCAACAAAUGAGUAAAAAUAUGACCAUUGCUGAAAGGUCAGUUAUAUAUUUUGUUGAAAUUAUUUCGUAAUUGCCACUUUUGCCUGAAAAUUAAAUUAAUAUUUUUGUAUGAUUAAUGCAAUAACGACAUUUUAAUUUACUUUGGAUAGUUUUACCAUUGUUUAUGGUAUUAUCGAAUUAUCUUCUGCUAACAAACCAAAUAUUAAGUGUACAGUAUAUUAGAUAGGCUUAAAUUUAAAACUGACACAUUUUGCAUAUUUACGAAAUGGCACAGAUGAUGUUAAUAUAAUAAUUCUUGCAAAAGAGUUGUACUAAGUAAAAUACAAUAAUUUACUUCUGAGGCAUCAUCAGUUAUUGCAUUCUUACCAUAAAUGAUAAAAGCCGUCAUUUAAUCAUCACAUGUUGGUUUUCUUUGUUUUUAUAAUUGAUUUGUACAAUAGUAUCACAGAAGUUAGUUUUAUGCUUUAUUAGCGAUAUGUAUAUAUAUUCUGGACUGCUGUCAUAAAGGGGCGUGUUCACAGAUUUCCGUCAUUUUGAAAACAAAAGUCAUUUAAUUGUGUUAAUUAACAUACGUAUAAUAUUCGGAAUAGUCCAAAAUAUUGUUACUUUAUGCGUUUUGUAGUUUUAUAUGGAAAUAUCGGUGAUUUGAAAACGAUAAUGCACAGCUUUAACCGGUGGAAAAUAACAGUUUAUAUUAUCCAUAAUUUAAUUUGAAAGGACGUCAUCUUUUGGGACGUCAUUAACUCUACGGAACUUUCCAAUUUCCUCUAUUAAAUGUUAAGACACGAUGGACGACUUUAAAUAAACAGUUAAUGAUUGCGUUCAUUUUGGUGGAGCGUCGAUUUGCAUUAUCUCGUGAUCAAAGAAUAAUUAUCUUCACGCGUGGCAGAACUAUUAUUUUCUGUGAUCACUCGUGAAUUAAAAUCGAUUAUCUGCCGAUAUGCAAAUAUCCUUUAUAUAAGAGCAGAAAAACUUACAUUCACCAUGAUUCAACAAGGGACAUUUGAUGGCAAACGUUAACUUUCUAAAACUGGAUCACUCAGGCCUUUGAUAUUAACAGACAAUUUUAAACGCUUGUUAGUAAUGCAAUUGUUUUUCAAAUUAUCGACGAAACGCAUUACAGAACCUUUAUAAUUUUUCAAAUUUCAAUUAAUGACUAUCAAAAUCGAUCGAUCUCAUUAAAAAUUGUCGCAUUCCAUAGCGUUAUCGUGCUUGUAUGAAUAUAUUGCUAACAGUCAUUGAUUAAUAUAUUAGUUUUAAUUGGAAAAUUAUCACAUUUCCAAAUUGUGAACAAGUCCCCUUAUUUCGUUAUUCGUACCAAUGACACUACAUAUAACAGUAGAAAUUUACAUUAUGUUUGUCGUAGUGUGUGCAAAAACUGUGCUUUAUUUUGUCAUUUUUGAUGUGUAUAUGAAUAUUACUCUUCACGGCACACCACUCAACUGUAUAACUCCAUGUAACAAUCGUCAUUGUUUGCAUUGAGUUGCUGAUUUAGCGACAGUCCCUCUUACUAUGUAUAUUUGUAAUUGACCAUUGGUUCAAUGACGGUGAAUGCUGGGCAUUUUUGCAUAAUACAAUAUAAUGUCGUUUAAGUAUGUUGUCCGAAGUGCAGUUCGCUUCAUGAUCAUUAAAAUAUUGUUGUAAAAUGUGUUGCUGAUAAUACAGCAAUCAGUUUUUCGAUUAUGGAUGGAACAAAUCAAAGUUACCAAUUUAAAUAUAUGUUUUACCAGUGUUUUAAUAAGUAAACUACAUGUUGACAUUCUACUGUUCUGCGCAGUACUUAAUGUGUAGUUUAUUUGAAUAUUCACUGAAAGAAACGAAGAAAAAGGCUGGGAUACCUAUCCCUAUACAUGUUGUGACCGGGCCGAGCUUCGAGCCACGUAUGUGUAGUCAAGCGCCGUACCUACAGAGCGAGUCGGCCCGGUAAAAGACACCGGUUGAUAAUGUAUUUAGCUUUUGUACAUAUUUAUGAUAACACAUUUGUACCAGACAAAAACAUUUAUAAAUAAAAUAUUUCUUUAUAAAAAUA